AUGCGGGGGCGCAAGCUGGAGCCCGACGUCAUCAGCUACAGCGCUGGGAUCAGCGCGUUCAGCGCGUGCGAGAAGGGAGAGCACUGGCAGCGGGCGCUUGCGCUGCUGAGUGAGAUGUGGGAGGCGAAUCUGAAGCCCAACGUCAUCAGCUACAGCGCUGGGAUCAGCGCGUGCGAGAAGGGCGGGCAGUGGCAGCCGGCGCUGGCGCUGCUUAGCGAGAUGUGGGAGGCGAAUUUGGAGCCCGACUUUGUUACAACGCUGGGACCAGUGCGUGCGAGAAGGGCGAGCAGUGGCAGCGGGCUUUGA